AUGGAGAUGUUACUUGGUGGACAAACUAACAAAGGAGCCCUAAGGUCAAAGACGAAGAUCGUCUGUACUCUCGGACCUGCUUCGAGGUCUGUUGAGAUGGUGGAGAAGCUUCUCAAUGCCGGUAUGAACGUAGCCCGGUUCAAUUUCUCUCAUGGUUCUCACUCGUACCAUCAAGAAACUCUCGAUAAUCUCAGAACCGCCAUGGAGAACUCUGGUAUUCCCUGUGCCGUCAUGCUCGACACAAAGGGUCCUGAGAUCCGAACCGGAUUUCUCAAAGACGGCAAACCGGUUGAGCUUAUUCAAGGUCAAGAGAUCACAAUCUCAACUGAUUACACCAUGCAAGGAGAUUCAAACACAAUCUCCAUGAGUUACAAGAAACUUGCAGAAGAUCUCAAGUCUGGCGACGUGAUUCUCUGUUCCGACGGCACAAUCUCUCUUACCGUCUUGUCCUGUGACAGGAGUCUCGGUCUCGUUCGUUGCCGCUGCGAGAACUCUGCUGUUCUUGGAGAAAGAAAGAACGUGAACCUCCCUGGAAUCGUAGUUGAUCUCCCAACACUCACGGAGAAGGAUCAAGAGGAUAUUAUACAAUGGGGAGUUCCUAAUAAGAUUGAUAUCAUCGCUCUUUCCUUUGUUCGUAAAGGAUCUGAUCUUGUCGAGGUCAGGAAAUUGCUUGGAGAGAACGCAAAGAGUAUCAUGCUUAUGUCAAAGGUUGAGAAUCAAGAAGGAGUGAUGAACUUUGACAAGAUUCUGGAGAACUCUGAUGCAUUCAUGGUGGCUAGAGGUGAUUUAGGAAUGGAGAUUCCGAUCGAGAAGAUGUUCCUUGCUCAGAAGAUGAUGAUUCAGAAGGCUAAUGCUCUCGGCAAACCAGUGGUCACAGCUACACAGAUGCUUGAGUCGAUGACCAAAUCCCCACGUCCGACUAGAGCCGAAGCCACGGAUGUGGCUAACGCUGUUCUUGACGGUACAGACUGUGUCAUGCUCAGUGGAGAGACAGCCGCCGGAGCUCACCCUGAAACCGCCGUGCUUACAAUGUCGAGGAUCUGUAAGGAAGCAGAGAAUUUCAUUGAUUACGACACGAUGCACAAGAAGAUUCAAGAGAUGGUUUCGUUGCCAUUAUCACCAAUCGAGAGCUUAGCCGCUUCAGCCGUUUCGACGGCAAGGAGUCUAUGUGCGGCGGCGAUUGUGGUUCUCACCAAGGGAGGUUACACGGUGGAGCUUGUUGCGAAAUACAGGCCGAGUGUACCGAUUCUGUCGGUUAUCGUACCGGAGAUCACACGUACGGAUGAUUUCGAGUGGUCGUGUUCAGAAUCUGCAGCGCAUGUGGCGAGACGUGGUUUGAUUUACCGGGGAAUAGUUCCCGUGAUGGCUACGGGACCUUCGGCUAGGUCUUCGAACAAGGAUUCGACGGAUGAGACGAUUAGAUUCGCCAUUGAAUUCGCAAAGAAGAAGGGGAUAUGCAAGGCUGGAGAUUCCAUCGUGGCCUUGCACAAGAUUGAUGGUUCCUCUGUUGUCAAGAUUUUGAAUGUCGACUAGAUUUUUGACACGCGGUCAAUUUUUGAGGUUUUGAUAUU